CUAUACGAACAUUAGGGUUACAUAUUUAUUUCAUUAAUUUCAUUCACGACUCGAUAAACCAACCACUUCUGGAUUGACCAAAACCUCAAUCUCUCUCACCGAUCCUCUCCAUCUUCUUCUCCGCCACAGUCAUGGCGUUUCCAUACAUGGAAGCUGUAGUCGGGUUCAUGAUAUUGAUGUACAUCUUUGAGACGUAUCUAGAUUUGAGACAACAUGCCGCUCUCAAGCUGCCAAACCUUCCUAAAACAUUGGAAGGGGUGAUUAGCCAGGAGAAAUUUGAAAAAUCUAGAGCUUAUAGUAUUGACAAAAGUAAUUUUCACUUCGUUAGCCAGUUUGUAACAAUAGCGAUGGACUCUGCUAUUUUGCUCUAUGGUGUUUUGCCUUGGUUUUGGAAGAAAUCGGGUAGUGUUUUGGAUUCUACUGGCCUUGAUGCAGAAAAUGAAAUAUAUCAUACACUCGCAUUUCUGGCUGGUGUUAUGAUUUGGUCUCAGAUAACAGACUUGCCAUUUUCUCUCUACUCAACGUUUGUAAUUGAGGAGCGACAUGGUUUUAACAAGCAAACAAUAUGGCUGUUCAUUCGAGACAUGAUAAAGGGCAUGAUCUUGGCUAUAGUAAUAGGACCACCCAUUGUAGCUGCCAUUAUUCUAAUAGUACAGAAAGGGGGUCCUUAUCUUGCUAUCUAUCUUUGGGGGUUUAUGUUUGUUUUGUCUCUCGUCAUGAUGACAAUAUACCCAGUAUUAAUUGCACCCCUUUUUAACAAGUUUACACCGUUACCAGACGGCGAGCUUAGGACAAAAAUUGAGACCCUUGCUUCAUCUCUUAAUUUCCCUUUGAAGAAGCUGUUUGUUGUGGAUGGCUCUACAAGGUCAAGCCAUAGCAAUGCAUACAUGUAUGGGUUCUUUAAAAACAAGCGAAUUGUUCUUUAUGAUACUUUGAUUCAGCAGUGCAAAAAUGUGGAAGAAGUUGUUGCUGUGAUUGCACAUGAACUUGGUCACUGGAAACUGAAUCACACAAUGUAUUCAUUCAUUGCUGUUCAGGUUCUUACACUCUUGCAAUUUGGAGGUUUCACACUUGUAAAGAACUCAAAGGAUCUAUUUAUGAGUUUCGGGUUUGAUACUCAACCAGUCCUCAUCGGGCUUAUAUUAUUCCAGCACACGAUAAUUCCUAUCCAGCAUCUUGUAAGCUUUGGCCUCAACCUCGUAAGCCGUGCUUUUGAGUUUCAGGCUGACGCUUUUGCAAAGAAUCUUGGUUAUUCUAAACCGCUACGAGAUGGGCUAGUUAAACUACAGGAGGAGAAUUUGUCGGCGAUGAACACAGAUCCGUGGUACUCUGCUUAUCACUACUCUCACCCUCCACUGGUUGAAAGGUUGGCUGCCAUAGAUGAAGCUGAUAAGAAGGCAGAUUAACAAAGACUAUACGGCGACAUAGUUUCAGUAGGCUAAAACAAUUCUCUACCGACUACAAUGUUACCUUUUUUACCCUUUAAAUUUAAUACAUUUUUGAGUUUUAGACUUGGAAAUUAUUUCGAGGAAGUGGUGAAAGGUAAGUUAUAUCAUGUAGAUUGUGAUCCAACAUUC